AUGGCCAUCCCAAUGAUUCCAGUGGAUCUCGUUAUUCGCAAACUUGAACGGCCGCUGAACUCGACCAUCUCUGUUGCCGAAGACUCAUACGGAUAUAUACCGUCAGAGUCCAUUGCCAUCAUCUUUAUUGCCCUGUUCGGAAUCAGCACAGCCCUGCAUACCGCCCAAGCCGCCUAUUUCCGCACGUGGUGGUUGAUACCAACAGCCGUCCUUUGUGGCAUUGGCGAGCUUAUUGGAUGGGGCGCCCGGCUUUGGAGUGCAGUUUCACCAAAUGCUGACAUUCCAUUCAAGAUGCAGAUCUCUGCAACAAUCAUUUCUCCUACUCCGCUGCUUGCCGCAAGUUUCAUUAUAUUCUCGCGUAUCAUCGCACGACUUGGGCCUGGCUAUUCUUUAAUUCCUCCUCGUUGGUAUGCCUGGUUUUUUGUGUCGUGUGAUGUCAUUGCGCUUGUCGUCCAAGGCGUCGGAGGCGGUCUUGCUGCUUCGGCGGACGAUCAUGCGGGUGCUCAGCGCGGUGCCAACAUCAUGCUUGGCGGCAUUGGCUUUCAGUUUGCCGUUAUUAUCAUUUUCAGUAUCCUGGUAACCGACUUUCUGAUUCGGUACUUCUACAAAGCGCCAUGGCGUGCCGCGGCUCUUGAGGGUAGUAUCUCCGGUCUGACACGUGGCACUCUUACUCGACCUCUGGCCACGAUCCUUUCUGCACUUAUCUUCUCGACAAUCGUUCUGUUUAUCCGCUCCGUUUACCGCACGAUCGAGCUGGCAGGUGGCUGGGACGGAAGGAUCAUUCACACUCAGCUCUAUUUCAACGUCCUUGACGGUGCCAUGGUUGUGCUGGCGAUAUUCACCUGGAACUUUGUCCAUCCAGGCUGGUUCUUAUCAGAGUCACUUGCCGAGGAGCAGCGCAGGACGGAGGAGCAGAAGGGACUGUUCAUGGCGAUGGAGAGUAGGAGCAGGGGGACGUCUCCGGUUUAG